AUGGACUCCGCCCAGUCGAGGAAGCGCAAGUCGAUGGCCACCGGCGCCGACAAGACGGCCGCGCGCACCCGGGCCCGCGUCGAGGAGCCCGGCGACACGGCGCCGGCCGACGACGCGAUCCCCGCCGACGCCCACGGCUCGCUCGAGUACGGCGCGAACUGGGCCCGGCCGGUGUUGCCCCGCCCCAUCGACCCCAUGAGCACCGCGAUCAUUUUCCAGCAGAUCGACAUCGACGAGCAGUCCCAGAACAACACCCCCCGUCUCCGCAUCUUCGGCGUCACCCAGGCCGGCCACUCCGUCCUCGCCCACAUCCAGGACUUCCUGCCCUACUUCUGGGUCCCCGCGCCCAAGGGCUUCCAGAACGCGGACUGUCCCGACCUGCUCGCCGCUUUGAACUCGGCACUUGCCCUCGGCGUCAAGCCCGUCCACAGUCUCCAGGUCGCCCACAAGACUUCCCUGUGGGGAUACACCGGGGACAGCCAGUCGCCGUUCUUGAAGGUCGUCUUGACCGACUUCAAGCACCUCGGCCGGGUCAAAAAUGCCUUCGAGAGAGGAGAGGUCAACUUCCGCGACAUGUUCCCGGCAUGCACGACGUUCGAAAGUAACAUCGCAUACACCCUCCGGUUCAUGAUCGACAAGAAGGUCGUCGGCAUGAACUGGCUCGAGGUUCCGCCGGGCUCGUACAAGCUCCGACCGGAUUUCGAGAAGGCGUCCAACUGCCAGAUCGAGCUCGACACCUCGGCCGAGACGUUGAUCUCGCAUGCGCCCGAGGGCGAGUGGUCCAAGAUGGCGCCGUUCAGGGUACUUAGCUAUGACAUCGAGUGUUCGGGACGCAAGGGCGUGUUCCCGGAUGCCAAGCUGGACCCGGUCAUCCAGAUCGCCAACAUGGUCACUGCCCAUGGCUCGUCCGUCCCCUUCGUCCGAAACGUCUUCACCCUCAACUCCUGCGCACAUAUCGCCGGCAGCCAGGUCCUUGAAUUCGCCUCCGAAGAUAUCAUGUUGGCUAGAUGGCAGGCGUUCGUGGCCGAGUGCGAUCCCGACCUGGUCAUCGGCUACAACACCAGCAACUUUGAUAUGCCUUAUCUCCUCGACCGGGCCAAGGCCCUCAAAGUCUCCACCUUUCCGUAUCUCGGUAGGAUGCGCAAUUCGCAGACGGCCGUCAAGGAGACUCACUUCUCGUCCAAAGCCUACGGCACGCGCGACUCCAAGGAAACUCAUCUCGACGGCCGGCUCCAACUCGACCUACUGCAGGUCAUGCAGCGGGACUACAAGCUGCGAAGCUACACGUUGAAUGCCGUGUGUGCUCACUUCCUAGGCGAACAGAAAGAGGACGUCCAUCACUCCAUCAUUACUGACUUGCAAAACGGGACCGCGGAGACCAGACGACGUCUGGCCGUGUAUUGUCUCAAGGACGCGUAUUUACCGCAACGGCUGAUGGACAAGCUGAUGUGUUUUGUGAACUACACGGAAAUGGCACGGGUGACGGGGGUGCCGUUCAACUACCUGCUCUCGCGGGGGCAACAGAUCAAGGUAAUUUCGCAACUGUAUCGGCGGGCGAAUGAGCAUUCGUACCUGGUGCCGGCGCUGAAGCACGAGGGCUCGGACGAGCCCUACGACGGGGCGACGGUCAUGGAGCCUGUGCGUGGCUUCUACGACGUGCCUAUCGCCACACUCGACUUCGCCUCCCUCUAUCCGUCCAUCAUGAUGGCUCACAACCUCUGCUACACUACCCUGACGGACGCUAAAACCGCCAAACUGUUGGAGCUGAAACAGGAUGAGGACUACAUCAUCACCCCUAAUGGCGAUCACUUCGUCAAGACAUCCAAGCGCAAAGGGCUUCUAGCGAUCGUGCUCGAGGACCUGCUGUCGGCGCGCAAACGGGCCCGGGCCGAGCUGAAGCUCGAGACGGACCCGUUCAAGCGUGCGGUGCUCGACGGCCGCCAGCUGGCGUUGAAGAUCAGCGCCAACUCCGUCUACGGGUUCACCGGGGCUACUGUCGGCAAAUUGCCGUGCCUGCCUAUCUCGAUGAGCGUCACUGCGUUCGGAAGAGAGAUGAUCCAGAUCACUAAAAACGAGGUCGAGCUGAAGUAUACUAAAGCUAAUGGCUACGACGAUGAUGCCCAAGUUAUCUACGGAGAUACGGACUCCGUGAUGGUCAAAUUCGGCUGUCCUGACCUGGCCACAUCGAUGAAAUUAGGUGCCGAGGCGGCGGAUUUUGUGAGCGCGAAGUUCCAGAAGCCGAUCAAGUUGGAGUUCGAGAAGGUGUACUUCCCCUACCUCCUGAUCAGUAAGAAACGGUAUGCGGGAUUGCAUUGGACGAAGUUGGAGAAGCACGACAAGAUGGAUGCCAAGGGGAUCGAGACGGUCCGACGGGACAAUUGUCCGCUGGUCCAGACGGUGAUCGAGACCUGCUUGAAAAAAAUGCUGAUCGAGCGGGACGUGAAGGGCGCGGAGGCGUACACCAAGCAGGUCAUCUCCGACCUCCUCCAGAACCGCAUCGACCUCUCCCAACUCGUGAUCACGAAGGCCUUGGCCAAGGCGGACUACGCCGCUAAACAGGCCCACGUCGAGCUGGCCAAGCGGAUGAAGAAGCGGGAUGCCGGCAGUGCGCCCGCGCUGGGAGACCGGGUGGCCUACGUGAUCAUCAAAGGCACUAAAGAUGCCCGCGCCUAUGAAAAAUCUGAAGACCCCCUGUAUGUGCUCGAGAACAACAUCCCGAUCGACACGAAGUAUUACCUCGACAACCAGCUCUCGAAGCCGCUCAUGCGGAUCUUUGAGCCCAUCCUCGGCGACAAGUCCUCCUCCCUCCUGUCCGGCGACCAUACCCGCAUCGUCUCGAUUGCUACGCCUACUCAGGGCGGCUUGAUGGGCUUCAUCAAGCGCACCGAGACCUGUCUGGGCUGUCGAGUCCCGCUGGGCAAGACGACCAAGGACACCAAUACCGCGGUUUGUAAGAACUGCAGACCCAAGACGGCCGCCCUCUAUUCCAAACAAAUGGCACUCACCCAGGGCUUCGAAAACGCGUUUGCAAGGCUGUGGACCCAAUGCCAAAGGUGUCAGGGCUCGUUGCAUCAGGAAGUCAUCUGCACCGCGAGCGAUUGCCCGAUCUUUUAUAUGCGCACCAAGAGUCGCAAAGACGUCGAGGACUCGUAUGCCGUUCUCCAGCGCUUCGACGGCGCCUGGUGA